CCACCAUUACCGUAGGUGGCCCGUCGUCGAGAAGUAAAGUCGCGUCGGAUAAGAGCGUCCUUGUGAAUAUCGCCGGACUUCGUGUGAAUUUGGUGAAAAACAGUUCUAAUUCGACGUCACUUUGCCUUUGGCUGAAUCCAAGAAAGAUCACCAUGUCGUCGAUUGAUGCGCGUCUUGCGGAACUCGGGUACGUCCUCCCCGAGGUGACAACGCCCAAGGGUAACUACAAGCUUGCGGUGCGCUCGGGCAACCAGAUCUUCACGGCGGGCCACAUCCCGACGAACGCCAAUGGCGAGCUCAUCACGGGCAAGGUCGGCCAGGACGUCACGAUCGAAGCUGCGUACGAGGCGGCGCACUUUGUGGCGCUCUCGCUUCUCGCGACGAUCAAGGCCGAACUCGGCGGCGACCUGAGCAAGGUCAAGCGCAUCGUCAAGACGAUGGGCUUUGUCAACUGCGUCGAUGGCUUUGCGAACCAGGCCUCGGUCAUCAACGGCUGCUCCGAUACGUUUGCCAAGGUCUUUGGCGACCACGGCGUCGGCGCCCGCUCGGCUGUCGGAACGAACGCGCUCCCGCUCAACGUCCCCGUCGAGAUUGAGAUAAUUGUCGAGAUCGAGGCGUAAGCACACGCAUCAAUGCACUUUGCUGUCUCUUUGUAUUCGCGA